AUGGCUGACCACGAUACCCCAAGCUGCCCAUUCUGCCCGUUCUCUGAUUCGGAUGCUACCUUUGUCUCAGCACACAUCGAGUACUGUCAUCCCGAGGCUGGUGCCGAGUCAGCCAUCCAGCAUUUAGACGCCCUCGACGCCCACAGUCCAUCGCCCUUAUCACCACCUGUCGAGGAUGCCACAGACAAGUAUGUAGACUGUCCACAAGGCUGUGGAGAGAUCGUCACGGCGGCUGAACUAUCUAAUCAUCGGGACUUGCAUAUCGCAGAAGGAAUUGCGCUGGAUGACGACAGCGUCGGUGAGGUUCCCUUCUCAGAAGACCUAGUCUCCAGCGAUCACGACCUCUCAGACAAGGACGAAUCAUUAGACCUCACCGGGACACGAAAGAGCGGCAAGCGAGGCAGCGAUCGAGUGGUUGCCAAAGCGAGAACCUCAAAAUCAGGCCGCGCGAAAAGUCCCUCGAGUAUAUUGGGCCCAGAUGGCGCGAAGAGGCUUGGGCGCUCGGAACUGGGCCCCCAUGCACAUGAGAAGAAAAUGCCCUCGUGGCUGAAAAAAAUGCUGGACAAAGGUGGCCGAACCACAAAACAAACCCAGAUCACACCGGAUGGGAAACUCGCAAGACACACGCGUGUGGAGAAUGAAACGGAGCAUAUCAUCCCCGUCAUUGCAAAACUCUGCGAGCAGGACAAAUCUGUUCAGCGCGCUUUUCUUUGUAGCCCCAAGGUCCGCCAUGUCUGCAAAAUGCCUCGCGAGGGAGGGUUCUGUGGCUAUCGCAAUAUUCAAAUGCUAGUUUCUUACAUUACGAAAGCUCAAGCUCCGGGCCAUGAGAAAUUUCCAAGGGGAGUACCCACUAUCCUCGAGAUACAGGAUUUGAUCGAACAAGCCUGGGAUAUGGGAUUCAACAGCACUGGAAGAACCGAAACUGGAGGAAUCAAAGGCACUCGAAAGUUUAUCGGAACACCCGAGGCUCAAGCUCUCUUCAUGAGUCUUGGAAUCCAAUGUGAUGCGAGUAGUCUGGCGGAGUCAAAAGAUAUGCGAGCAUGCGACUCUCUCUACAUGGGUGUAGCUGCCUAUUUUCGAUCAGUAUGUUCGGUCGAUGACACCGAGAAGGUCUUCAAGACCGAUCUGCCGCCAAUAUACUUCCAACACCAGGGACAUUCAAUGACCAUAGUGGGAUUUGAGAUCCGCGACAACGGCCACGCCAAUCUGCUGGUGCUUGAUCCGAUGUUCAAGACUUCUCCUGGGAUCCAGCGUCUUAUCGGGUCGUCAGCCAGGUCUGACAACCCGGCUCGUCUACUCAAAGCUUACCGGCGAGGAUCUUCGUAUCUACAAAAAUACAAGAUUUUCGAGCUUCUCAAGUAA